GCAUGUCGAUACUUAACUCAUCGUGAAUAUUCCACAUUCCAAUACAAAAAUUAAAGCUUGAGAAUUGUUAGGAGUUUACAAUAUUCGAAUUAUUUUAAUUUUAUGUUUUGAAUUAAAUGCAUGAAAAUAUCAAUUAAAAUUUGUUAAAAUGAGUUGUGUGAGUAAUAGUCGUGGAUCUGUACAAACAAAAUCGCGAGAUGAAGUUACGGAUGAAAUACAAAAUGAGAAAAUAACACCAGAGGAUGUUCUUAGGCUAACAAAAAUCGCAGAUCAUUAUUUGUGUUCACCAGAUGCAAAUAUUUAUGAAAUAGACUUUACCAGAUUUAAAAUACGCGAUUUGGAAAGUGGUGCCGUAUUAUUUGAAAUUGCAAAACCUACAGUUGAAAGUAAUAAUCAAGACUCAAAUCCAGACAAUAAAGAUCCACAGGACAAUGAGGAAGCAGUGGAUUUGAAUGCUGGACGUUUUGUUCGGUAUCAAUUUACACCACAAUUUUUAAAAUUGAAGACUGUUGGUGCCACUGUUGAAUUCACAGUGGGAUCAAGACCUGUGAAUAGAUUUCGAAUGAUUGAACGUCAUUUCUUUAGAGAUAAGUUAUUGAAAACUUUCGAUUUUGAAUUUGGAUUUUGUAUACCACAUUCCCGAAAUACAUGCGAACACAUUUAUGAAUUCCCUACGUUGGCACCCGAACUAGUGCAAGAAAUGAUAAAUAAUCCUUUUGAAACACGAUCAGAUUCGUUUUACUUCGUGGAUGAUACUCUAGUUAUGCACAAUAAGGCUGACUACGCUUAUAAUGGAGGUCCAGCUUAAAGGUUAAACAAAAUGCUCUCGCUAAAAGGCACAAAUUGUCCGAAGCAGCAGUCCAACACACUCAGUAAUUAUUUUUAAAUUUAAAAAAAAUAACGAAAAUAUUUCUUACAGAUUGAAAUUAAAAAAAAAAAAAAAAACAAUUCCACAUAUUUAUUAUUAAGCACUUUAAAAAUAUAUUUCACCCUCUUGCCUUUUUACACCACCAAAAAUUUGUU